AUGAUGUCCAUCAGUAAAUAUAUUCCAAGGCUACACACACAAUUCCAAGCCACAUCUCGUUUUUUUCAUUUGAAAAGAGGAUUACUAAAAAAGCAAUAUAAUUAUAAUUUGGACAGCUUGAUCGAAUGGAAGAAAGAAACGGCCAAAGUUUUUGGCUCGGUACGUAAGCCAACAAAGACCGGCAAAAUAAAGAAAACAAAGAAGGUUCUUGAUCUUCAUAUGGAGGAGAAUUUACAGAUUCUGAGCACUCUGUCGGUGAACAAAGAACAUGUUUUAGACAUUGAGAUUAAUUCUUCGGACAAAAAAGACAAAAAAGUAAAGAGCUCUGUAACUUGCAAUAGUACUGCAAAUGACAAACACAGUUCUAAUUCAUCUUCUUCAUGCACCACAGACGUAUAUAAACAUGGAGGAAAAAUAAGAAUUGCAGAAAAUUUCUCUACGAAGGAUAAUUAUUUUGACAUUCCUGAUGAUGUUUUUAUGUCAUCUGCUGUUCCACCCGAUGCUGCGGAAAUUUGGGACAACGAUAUUUGUGCUAGUGAUGGCAAGGAAAGGGAAGCAGUUGUUUAUUACGACAAAGAUUUAAAAGAGGACAUUAUAAUUCCAAAGCUGUCACCAAUACCAGCAUGUGACUCUGGAAAUACGCAUAAAUUUACCAAGUCUGUGAUCAGAAAUCGUACUAACCCUGCUGUGUCUAUGGUACAGUAUUCUUCAAAUAAAAGUAGAAGUAAUGAAUUUGUUAAUCAUAAUAAUGAAACUAUAGAAACAAACAAUUCAGUGAGUAUUUCAGAAACUGCAGCAUCAGCUGUUUCUAACCCUGAGUCUGCAUCUUCAGGCCACAUAAAUCCUAGAAAAACUAUCAGGAACAGCUCAUCAAAAACCACAAAAAAGACCACUUCAACAACUGUUUCUGACGAUCUCGAAGAUAAUUUGAAUAAAGGGUUGUCAGCAACAGAAAUGUUUAUUCCCAAAGUGAAACCAAUUCCAGUGGAAACCCUGUCAUAUACAACUUCAGAGUUGAUAGUUCAGCCUGAGAUGUCUUCAGUGCCUAAACCUCAAACUUCAGUAUUAGAUUCUAUAAUAAACCUUCCAAUUGAACCUCCAGAUUCUUUUGAAAUUAUUCGUAAUGUUCCUUUGUUUCCAAUUGAGAACAGCAACUGGCAAAAUAGAAUAGAUUCCCAGCUUUAUGAUGCAUUCAGAACAGAUAUAGAACAGAUGUGUUUGAACGUACUCCCAUCUGUGAAGACCAUUCUUAGUAAAACAAUGCCAGACCUCAAUCGUUUUUUUCUAAAUCGUUGGCGAGAAGGAUUGAUUAAAGAGCUUGGAGAGGAAGGCUUCAAAAAACACCAAGAUGCCACAAUCAGAAAUGGGUUGAACUUGCAUGCCAAUAUUAUGGAAUGGUUGUCUGGGAGACAAGCUGAGGAACUGCAGAUUAUGCCUGACAAUGAGGGUCACUGGUCCAGCCUGCAGCCGGCUCUCAAGGCCAUCAGUGAUGUCAGAGGUGUUGAACUGGAAGUCACCCAUAACCUUCUCAACUAUAGAGGUGUCUUUGACUGCCUGGCUCGAUACAAGGAUUUGUUGUGCAUGAUUGACUGGAAGACUUCAAAGAAACCCCGGCCACUUCUGAAAAACACUUACGAUGAUCCACUUCAGAUAGCUGCUUAUAUUGGAGCACUGAAUGCAAGUGAAGCAUAUGUGAAAAAGUAUGGUGAGGUCAGCCAUGGAAUGAUUGUCGUGGCCUACCCUGAUGGAAGUCCAGCUCACAUUCAUGUGAUGAACAAAUCAACCUGUGAGAAGCACUGGGUGGAGUGGACAGAGCGGCUGUACAGCUUCUAUCAGCUGACUUACACAGAGAGGAUGGCAGCAAACAGAGACAAGAUUCACGCAAAGAAAGUAUCAAGGUUAAGUGCUGCUUAA